CGAGGAACCGCGGAAAAGGUGUGAUUCGGCGAGGCAGUUCGAAGCAUUGGAAAAAAUCGAAGAAUUUUGCAUGCUGCAUGGUUUCCUCCGGUACAUAUUGCACUGCGUAGCUCCACAGAGCAUCGGCCGUGUUUCGUUCCCAUCGACUGGGCACCCGAUCCGCGCCGGCGAAGCAGCGGCCUGAAAUGUGUAUCGGAAAAGCCGCACGAAGGUGGUGAGAAGAAGGGUAUUUGCAAGCGCGUGUGCUUAUCGGGUGUGCUGUUGUGUGGAAGAGGUGCGCUUUCAGCCGGUAAAACGUUCGGUGCUCCGCGUUUGUGUUCCUUCGGCGCCCGGGGGCAGUUUAGUCUCGAAGCUAACGGAAAGCAGAUCCGUCGGCAUAGUCAAACCAAAUGGUGGAUUAGAGAGCAGCUACUAGGCAUUGUCGGUAGUUUUUCACACAGACGAGCACCGAGCUAAAUCAAGGUCCUAGUAGCCCAGUGCCGGGCAUUUGGAACGAAGCGAAAAGGGGUGUAGAUUAACCAGCACGAUUUACUAAUUAACCCCUUUCCGAGGCAAUAUCCGUGCGUGCUAGCCAACCAUGGGUGACGACGGGUACCUUACCAAGGAACAUCUAGCCGGGUUCGAUAAUUAUAAGUACAAUGCUAAGGAUACAUCGCCACUCAGUAUUUACAUUAUGCAUCCGUUUUGGAAUUGGCUCGUAGAGUAUUUCCCAAAAUGGAUCGCACCGAAUCUGAUGACGUUCGCCGGGUUCCUCUUUACCGUCGCCAACUUUGUGAUGCUCUCCUGGUAUGACUGGGGUUUCUGGGCCAGCACGGAACUGGAGGAUACGACCCCGGUGCCGAACUGGUUCUGGGCGCUGGCGGCGGUAAACAUCUUCCUCGCCUACACGCUCGACGGUAUCGACGGGAAGCAGGCGCGAAGAAUCAAACUGUCUGGCCCGCUCGGGGAGCUGUUUGAUCAUGGGCUCGAUUCCUAUUCUGCCUUUUUCAUACCGGCCUGCCUGUACAGUAUUUUUGGACGUGGACCAACGUCCGUGCCGCCGAUACGCAUGUACUACAUCAUGUGGACUAUCUUCUUCAACUUUUACCUAUCGCACUGGGAAAAGUACAAUACCGGUGUGCUGUACUUGCCAUGGGGGUACGAUCUAGGGAUGUGGGGCUCGGUGCUGAUGUAUUUGGCCACGUGGAAGUUCGGGUACCAGCUGUGGAAAGUGGCACUCCCAUGGGGCAUUUCGGCCGGCCAGCUGAUGGAGCUGAGCUUGCACGUGAGCGCCAUGUCCAACCUUCCGGUGGUAGUGUACAAUAUGUACCGAUCGUACAAGGAUCGCACCGGAAAGAUGCGCACCAUGAAGGAAGCGAUGCGCCCCCUGUUCACGUACGGUUCUUUUAUGUUCGUUUGCCUGCUGUGGGUGUUUGUUUCACCGAGUGACAUCAUGAAUCGUGACCCCCGUGCCGUCUAUAUCAUGACGGGAACCAUUUUUAGCAACAUUAGUUGUCGGUUGAUUGUGUCGCAAAUGUCUAACACCAUCGCGGAAACAUUCAACUGGUUAACGGGUGUGCUUUGCUGUGCUAUAGUUUUAAGUCUCACUAUGCCGCUUCUCGAAAGGCCACUGCUCUACAUGCUGGUGAUCGGUUCUUCCCUUGCUCACUGGCACUACGGAACCGGGGUGGUUCAGGAAAUGUGCAAACACUUCAACCGACGAUGCUUCCUGGUAUCGAAACGUAGCGAAUCCAAAGAGUAGGAUCCGCUUCUGUGUGCUGUCUAGUUUGUGCGGCGGGGAGGAGGAGGAGGAGCAGAACGACAAACCAACCAAAAGUAACGUCAAUUUGUCAGCCAACAGCCUAUCAACCGACGGACACACACUCAUCUACCGCAUCGGCAGCAGGACAAGCGCUCUCUUAGAUCCUUGUCUUUAAUCCCUGGGGAAAAAACCGAGGAUCAUACAAUCAUGUAUGUGUGUACACGCGUUGACUAUCGCUGCCAAUUGUUCUCUCUACAUUUGCAUGCAUUUUUCUACCUCUAACUUGCGUUUUCGGUUCGGAUUUUCCUGUGCAUUGUGAUUCAAGUUGUGUUGUAACUAAUGGAAGGACAGCAACUUUGCUUGAAUUAUGCUAAUAAUGCUUUCGCAAAACACACUUCUCGAACAGCGUCGCGUCAAGGUGCCCAACUAUACUCUACCUAUUUAUAUCACUACUGAUUCUGAUUGCAUACAUGAUAAAAUGCCACCAUUGAUCAGCUACAGUUUCUAGCGAUCUUCAACUAUGGAGCAGUCUUGAAUACGAAGCUCCGCCUGUAACACCUCUCGUACUUCCAGGUUUCAUAGGAAGUUAUAGCGAAACCAAAAUAACUAGCAUGAAGAAUUGUGAAGCAUACGUAAAACCAUAUCGAUUGCAAAGGAAGCGUUCGGUAAGGGAAGAUAAACAAAUCCGAUCGAAUCCCGGUUCCUAGUCUGCUAAUGUCGGCUUCUUAAAAGAUGCGCUGAUAGCUCUUUGCAGGUAUUAAUCAAUUUCAAUUUAGAAAUCUAUGUCUACCACAACUAAUGAUAAACAAGUGCUACUCUCUUCCUUUUUAAAAUAUUGUUUACACACAAUCUAAGCUUCACCUGCCGCAUUCUCGUCACAUCACACGAACUCACCCUCCCCGGACUGGUACGUCUCAAAGCAAACGAAUUUGCACAUUUACUCCAAGCAUGUGUUUCUACUUGACCUUCCGAUAGUAGGGCAUCCGUUUAUCCAAAGAUGUCGCCUGGGGAAACCACAGAACGCACUCGUUCGUAUUAUGCUAGCGUUCCAUUUCCCCAGCGUGCGCGUAGGUGUUUCGUCUUUCGUAUUUUUAUUGAUUAACUCUUCCUUAUUAACUAACUUUGGCUCACAUUCUUAGAGGCAUUAAUAAUGUAUAUAUUUCCUGUGUAAGAAAAUACAUAUGCUAUGAAAGUGAACGUGUUUGAUCUCGUACGGGCUGGUAUAAAUGGAUCCACACAGACGAAGACAGUCAGGCACGGGUCCGGUUCCAAACUAAUAACCAAUUGUAUUACACUAUGGCCGUCUGGUUGGGAUGUGGGGCAAAAAGGAGAAAAGAUAUUUGAAUAUGUUUACGUCGAUGUAAGUGAUGCUGACCCCAGAUAUUUACGUAAUUUUAUGCCAGUGGACAUAUAUUUGUACAGAGUUUUUUGCAUGAUCGCGCCUUUUGCAUUUUUACAACCGCCCACCACCACCACCACCACCACAUUCGAACGUAGAAUUCGCUGAAUUAUUGUGUGCAGCAUCACAACUGAAAACAUAGGGCGCGUUCGGAGUCGCACUAGUAAACGGUUGAACUGAAGCGAACACCCUAACUUGUUGCACACAUGUUAACAGUGUGCCCCAGGGCAAACAGGGGCAAAACAAGGACAAUAACGUGUAACACACAAAGCUAACAGGCGGACAAAUAUGUUGGCUUUUUUGGUUUGGUUGAAAACUCAGCUUCGGAAAUUCAAAAUUAUUAAACAAGCAUCACAUGUGAGCAAGUAAUUUUCGAUCCUCCGAUAGGAAAAGAAAGAUUAACUGCACGAAAAUAGUCACCAAAAUUACAAUUUAGGAUUGCGUACAUUCGCACACUUCACUACUCCACCCAUUUACUCAUUCUACUUUACACGAGUGCCAUACAAUGUGUUAUGUCUCGUUUGCCAAAAGGCUCGAUUAAUUUUUAACUUAGUUCACCGUCGGCUACACGAAAGGCUACACAAACGCUUCAUAAUUAGAAUAUUUAUUAUCCGAGCUGUUUAACGACAACGAUUAGUUUCCCUUAACACACUAGUUUAAGAGCACGAAUUCUAAAUGAUGCGCUGGAAGUGAAGAGUUUGGAAACGUUGGAAUAUGCAGACGCGCAACAAUGGAGGGCGAAGGAAUGGUAAAAUGGAAACAAGUCAGGAAUUGGUGUCGAUUGAUUUAAUAUAGCUGUCAAGGAAAAAUCAAAUCAAAAUCUAAAUGUAUAGCUAGUACUCAGUAUAUACAGCCACACGACAGACGCUAAAACAUUGCAGUAAGGAUAUUUAUACGUAUAUAAGUGCGACUAAUAAUCACCAAAACUUCUUCAAAACACAGACUUACUACGUAGGACAGGCACGUUUAGGUUUUUUUUUUGACGAUAAAACAUCUGAUACCGAUGCUGCUGCUUCCGGUAAACAACAUCCCAAUUGCUACCAAAACAACUAGUACUCGUUUAGGUUUUAUGUGGCUUAGUUCGACCGUUCCAAGGUCGUUCGUUUCCAAACCAAGCUCGAUUCCAGUACCGAUCCAGCGUUUCGUUAAUGUUGUACUAAAGAAACAUAACAAUUGAGUGUUCCGUACGAUCUAUGUUCCAGUUGUCCAGUUUUAAAUCAAAUCAAUAAAGGAAAUUGAGU